GGGGUCUCGGCGAUCGCUGCUCCGCCUCCUCCUUCUCCUCCUCUUUCUCCUCCUCCUCCCCCCGCCGCCUCGCUACCGCCGCGGCUCCGGCUGGAGGCGCCGCUGUCAUUCCUGCGCCGGAGGAGCCGGCGCUGCCGGUGCCUGGGGGUCGGGGCGCGGGGGAGCCGGGCCGCGGGGGACCCAACAGGUAGAGCCGGGGGUGCCCGGCCUCGCGCCCCCCCCACCCCCCCGCGCAUCAUGCAGCUCUUUGUCACCUCUCUCGCCCCCAGGCCAAAAUCCUGAGCAUGAUGGAAGACAAUAAGCAGCUCGCGCUCCGCAUCGAUGGGGCGGUCCAGUCGGCCAGCCAGGAGGUGACCAACCUGCGAGCCGAACUCACGGCCACCAACCGGAGACUGGCGGAACUGAGCGGCGGCGGCGGCCCGGGCCCGGGCCCGGGAGCAGCGGCCAGCGCCUCGGUGGCGGCGGACCCGGCGGCGGCGAACAUGGAGAACCACCAGCACGGCGCGCAAGUGCUCCUGCGGGAAGAAGUGUCUCGACUCCAGGAGGAAGUCCACCUUCUCCGCCAGAUGAAGGAGAUGUUGACGAAGGACCUGGAGGAGUCCCAGGGCGGCAAGUCCUCCGAGGUCCUCUCGGCCACCGAGCUCAGGGUCCAGCUGGCCCAGAAGGAGCAGGAGUUAGCCAGAGCCAAAGAAGCCUUGCAGGCCAUGAAGGCCGACCGGAAGCGCCUGAAGGGCGAGAAGACGGACCUGGUGAGCCAGAUGCAGCAGCUGUACGCCACGCUGGAGAGCCGCGAGGAUCAACUGCGCGACUUCAUCCGCAACUACGAGCAGCACCGCAAGGAGAGCGAGGAUGCUGUCAAAGCCCUGGCUAAGGAGAAGGACCUGCUGGAGCGCGAGAAGUGGGAGCUGCGGCGCCAAGCCAAGGAGGCCACGGACCAUGCCACGGCACUGCGCUCCCAGCUGGACCUCAAGGACAACCGGAUGAAGGAGCUGGAGGCCGAACUGGCCAUGGCCAAGCAGUCCUUAGCUACGCUGACCAAGGACGUCCCCAAGCGGCAUUCACUCGCCAUGCCGGGGGAGACGGUGCUCAACGGCAACCAGGAGUGGGUGGUGCAGGCCGACCUCCCGCUGACCGCGGCCAUCCGGCAGAGCCAGCAAACUCUGUAUCACUCACACACCCCCCACCCUGCAGACCGGCAAGCGGUCAGGGUGAGCCCCUGCCACUCCCGGCAGCCGUCUGUCAUCUCCGAUGCGUCUGCCGCCGAAGGAGACCGGUCAUCCACGCCCAGCGACAUCAACUCCCCUCGACACCGGACACACUCCCUCUGCAACGGCGACAGUCCCGGCCCAGUACAGAAGAACCUGCACAACCCUAUUGUACAGUCACUAGAGGAUCUUGAAGACCAGAAACGGAAAAAGAAGAAAGAGAAGAUGGGAUUCGGCUCCAUCUCGCGCGUCUUCGCCAGAGGGAAGCAGCGGAAGUCCCUCGACCCCGGCCUCUUUGAUGAUUCCGACAGCCAGUGCAGCCCCACGCGGCAGAGCCUCAGCCUGUCGGAGGGCGAGGAGCAGAUGGACCGGCUGCAGCAGGUGGAGCUGGUCAGGACCACCCCCAUGUCCCACUGGAAGGCCGGCACCGUCCAGGCCUGGCUGGAGGUGGUCAUGGCCAUGCCCAUGUACGUCAAGGCCUGUGCAGAGAACGUGAAGAGCGGGAAGGUGCUGCUGAGCCUGAGUGACGAGGACCUGGAGCUGGGUCUGGGCGUGUGCAGCUCCCUGCACCGACGCAAGCUCCGGCUGGCCAUCGAGGACUACCGCGACGCCGAGGCGGGCAGGAGCCUGUCCAAAGCCGCUGACCUGGACCAUCACUGGGUGGCCAAGGCCUGGCUGAAUGACAUCGGGCUGUCCCAGUACUCUCAGGCCUUCCAAAACCACCUGGUUGACGGGCGAAUGCUGCACUCCCUGAUGAAGCGGGACCUGGAGAAGCACCUGAAUGUGUCCAAGAAGUUCCACCAGGUCAGCAUCCUGCUGGGGAUCGAGCUGCUGUACCAAGUGAACUUCAGCAGGGAGGCCCUCCAGGAGCGCCGCGCCCGCUGCGAGACACAGAACAUAGACCCUGUGGUCUGGACCAACCAGCGGGUGCUCAAGUGGGUGCGGGACAUUGACCUGAAGGAGUACGCGGACAACCUGACCAACAGUGGCAUCCAUGGUGCUGUGUUGGUGCUGGAACCCACGUUCAACGCCGAGGCCAUGGCUACUGCCCUGGGCAUCCCCAGCGGGAAGCACAUUCUCCGGAGACACCUGGCAGAAGAGAUGAGCGCCAUCUUCCACCCAGCCAACUCCUCAGGCAUCCGGGAGGCUGAGCGUUUCGGAACACCCCCAGGGAGGGCCUCCAGCAUCACCCGGGCGGGGAAGGAGGAGAACAGCGGUGGUAUCAAGUACAAGGCUGGCCGGCUGCCCCUGGGGAAGAUAGGAAGGGGCUUCAGCAGCAAAGACCCCGAUUUUCAUGACGACUAUGGCUCCCUUCAAAAUGAAGACUGUGGAGACGAUGAUCCCCAGGGCAGGCCAGAGCAGUGCCGUCCAGAAGGCUACAAUGGCCUCGAGGUCACCAACGUGUAAGGAGUGGACGCCCCACCAGACCCAGCACGGACACACCCACCGAGGAUGAGUAGCCAGAUG